UUUAUCAGUUUCAGAAUGAAUCUUCCUCCUCUGGGAAAAUCCUCGACCUGGGAGGUAGAAGGAGAGAGAAGGGGGUCAAUCUCUUCACUUGUAGCAACUGGAGUGAACUCAGGGAGGGUGCAGACUCUGUAAACUCAGAUGCUGCCAGACCUGCUGAGACUUUCCAGCAUUUUCUCUUUUCAUCACAUCACAUAUUGCUCACGCUCCUCGGUGUCAGGAAGUACUGUGCAAGUUCAUCAGUGUCAGCAAAAUAGUACGCACACUCACUGUCAGCUGAAACGUCCCGAGACGUUCUUUCCCUGGACCAAUGGGAAGAUUUGGACGACCGGAAGGAAUCUGGUCCUCCUGACAAUCAGAGACACCCAUAGUACAUGGAUGCGGAAGUUCGCCAUAAGAUUGGAAAGUUGCUGCUCCUAUCUCUGAAUGAAGAUCAAGUUUCACCAGAUUGCAGCUUCCUUCCUCUGUCUAAACAUCUGAAGACAUGGGGAAAGAAAUCUGAAAGCACAUGACACAUCAACUUCUGACAGAACCACUUGAUUCAUUGGGACUUGAAUAUCAGCAGCUAUUCAAAAGAGAAGAAAUGUUUGCUCUUGUCUGCUUGAGAGGUUUUGAACACUGGUAUGGCAGGAAGAAUAUGGAGAUAUCUGAGUGAGGGAGAUUCAGUGCGCUGUCAGUAAAAUGUGCUUUAAACUGUUUAUUCAGCUUAGGGGAUCAAACUGACACAAUUCACGUUGGGGAGAAAUUGUGUACACAUUCUGUUUCUAAUUUCAAACUCAGAGCGGCACAAGGGAAGCUCCCCCAAUUGGCAAACUAUGGAAGUGUGCGGACUGUGGGAAAGGAUUCCCUUCCCCAUCAGUGCUGGAAACCCACAGAUGCAUUCACACUGAGGAGAGACUGUUCUCUCCUCCGUGUGUGGGCAGGCAUUCAGUCAGAUGGGUCAUCUGCAGAAGCACCAGCAGGUCCACACGGGAGAGAAGCUGUUCGCUUGCAGGAAGACAUUUGAUCAAUCAUCUGCACUGCUGAUCCACAACAGUGUCCACACCAGUGAGAGGCCGUUGACCUGCUCUCAGUGCGGGAAAGGUUUUGUGAAUUCUUCCAACCUGCAGACUCACCAGCGGUUCCACACCAGAGAGAGGCCAUUCACAUGCUUGGUGUGUGGGAAAGGGUUCGCUUAUUCAUCUGCACUGCUGAUUCACAAGAGGGUCCACACAGGGGAGAGGCCAUUCACCUGCUCAGUGUGUGGGAAGGGAUUCAUUGAGUCUUCCAGUCUACGGACCCACCAGCGGAUCCACACCGGGGACAGGCCUUUCACCUGCUCAGUGUGGGAAGGGAUUCAGUCAUGUGGGCCAUUUGCAGGCACACCAGCGGGUCCACACGGGAGAGAAGCCGUUCAUGUGUCCAGUGUGUGGGAAGGGGUUCACGGAGUCAUCAAAACUCCUGAUCCACCAGCGGGUCUACACCAGGGAGAAGCCUUUCAUCUGCUCAGUGUGUGGGAAGAGAUUCACUCAGAUGGGACAUCUGCAAAGGCACCAGCGGGUUCAGACGUGAGAAAAGCCGUUCACAUGUCCCGUGUGUGGGAGAGGGUUCACUGAGUCAUCUACACUGCUGACCCACCAGUGGGUCCACAUGCGAGAGAAGCCUUUCACCUGCUCAGAGUGCGGGAAGGGAUUCAGUCGGUUGGGUAACUUGCAGAUGCACCAACGGGUUCACACCGGGGAGCGGCCAUUCACUUGUCCCGAAUGCAGGAAGGCAUUCCAUCACGCCAGCAACUUAUGGACACACCAGCAGGUCCACACGGGAGAGAAGCCAUUCACCUGCCCAAGCGCGGGAAGGGAUUAAUUGAUUCCUCUGGCCUGCAGCUGAACGAGCAGGUCCACACUGGGGAUACCCGCUCACCAUCUCAGAUGGUGGGUGGGUAGUGUGUGCGCUUUGACCUUGAGCCAUUUAAAAACAACAGCUACAUUUUGUACACGUUUUUGUUGGGGAGAUCUGAAGCAGUGACAAAGCUGAGUCGCAGUAAAGGUUACUUGAACUUCCCGUCGUACUUGGAACUUGAAAUCUGUGAAAUCUAACAGGCUUUUAUUUCAAAGCUGCUCGUUUCUUUCAGCCUCCAGCACUAAGUUUCCGCUGUCAUGUGAAGUGAAUGAGUAGCUAGUAUAACAGAAAUUGUAAUUUUUUUCUGGAGUGCAGGUACUCCAUUGCUUCAUUGGCAUUGUAAAGGUUACUGGCAGCACAGGGGGAGGUGUGAGCUGUGUUCACUGGAAAUUAUGUGGAAGAGCCCGUGUUGGACUGGGGUGGACAAAGUUAAAAAUCACGCAACACCAAGUUAUAGUCCAACAGGUUUAUUUGGAAGCACCAUCUCUCGGAUCACUGCUCCUUCAUAGGGUAGCUAUGGAGCAGGACCACAGGAAACAGAAUGUAUAGCAAAAGAUUAGUGUCAUGCAACUGAUACCAUAUAAUGAACAAACCUAGAAUGCAGUUAAAGUCUUUCAUCUUUUAGAAUGAGUUGCAGGUUUUGGUUCAUUUCAUAUAUUAAUCCCAGAGCUUCCUUCAAGUAAUAUUCUUGACAUACCUCGUUUUUUUAAAACCUGAAGUUAACAGCUCAGCUUGAGGUUAGAGUCUGUCUAUAUCCCAAUCUUGAGUGAGACUGGUUCUAAUUUCCAAAGUAGGAAUUUAUAAAAUAUUACAUGGACUGACUGCCUGCAGAUUUUGCUCAAAGUGCACAAUAGAAUGUAUCUGCAAAUGUAAUUUCACAAAUCAAAAUUCACCCCAAAUACUUGUAUGUAUUUGUGCGUCCAUUAGAGACAGUUUGCACUUGCACAUGUGUGUGUGCAUAUGUGUGUGUUUGUGUGUGUGCAUGCUUGGUAAAACAUGUGAUGGAGUAUAAGCCUUUAAGAGGGUGUGUGUGUGUGUAGGGAGAGUAUGUCUGUGUUUCUGGGAGAGAGCAAGUGUAUGAGAAAGAGUGUCUGCAUGAGUGUGUGUAUAUGUGCUUA